UUAGUUUAAACUUUCAACUUUGGCACAUGAAUAAUUAAUUAAAGCUUUCCCUGACCAAUGGUAUAGUAGUUUUUGCACACGGCAAACUCUUAUGAAUGAAACUCUGAGGUAGUACUACGAUACAGCCGUUAUGCAAGUGGCUGUGAAUGGUUGCCAAUGACAACGUGUUGCACACGGUAAAUUCUGAUCAUUUAUAAUAUGGAUUCUACCGGGUUGUUAAAGCUCAAAUUAAAACAUUCCAGUUUAAAUGUCUUCAAAAUGCAUUCUGAAACACAAGUUAUCAAUUAUUUUGAUGUAGAUAGUGGUAAUAAAUUAAUAUUUCCUAAGUAUCGGCAACUUCCGCCAUUAAAAAGGGGGCGUGGCCCAACCCAUGGCGAAAUUAGGUUGAGCGAGCUGCAUGACCUGCUGCGAACGCGUAGAAACAUAGCGUCUCUCGUAAGACACUUAUCGCUGUGAAAAUUGGCAUACAUGUAGAUCAAUAGAUUCCCCAGAUGCAAAAAAAAUUUGGUAGUGACAAAUUUUUUCCUUCUACUUAAUUUUAAUGAUGAAAGUUGCCUUAUAUUUACCAAGGAUUUUCUCAAAGCUGACUGAUUGUAAAUGAAAAAGAAAUUGAUUAAAAUCUAGGCCAAGAUGUCUACCUAAUUAUAAGGCCGAAAACGGAACUCAAAUAUAUAUCGAAAGUACUAAUUUAAUAAUAAAUAGACACACACAUCGGAAAAUUAAAAACUCUGAUUUUUCGGCGCCGAUUGCGAAAUCCCAUACACAAAAAGUAGUAGUCUCCCUUGACUUACCGAAGUAUCUAGACAUGGUCAUAGCAACAUAUAAAAACCUAAUCAAUCAGAAUACAGAACUAGACUUAGACCAUGGAAAUGGCUUUUAAAAAUCAUCUUCUUAGGCUUAGACUCUAAGUCUAAGAAAUGUAGACUUUUACUUAGACUUAUAAUUAUAAUAUAUAAGAUACAAGCAAUAAUACUAAUAAUAGCACUAAUACUAAUACUAUUACUAUCAUUCAAUAUUAAUUAAAAUUAAUUCAAUUAAAAUUUUGCGUUAAACACAUUAAAAGUAUAGUUCAAAACAAUCCAUAAUGCAGCUAAUUAUGCAUAAUCCUUUUUUUUUAAAUUACCAAACUAGCGGUAAUAAACCUUAUUUGUCUAAUUCCCAGCCGACUGCGUAUAACCCUGAGAGUUAUACGUAGUCGGCUGGGAAUAUGCGCAGCCGACUGCGUAUAACGCUUCCCUUAUUUUUAAGAGUCAACUUCACACUUUGACUUUGUAAGUUUGACUUGUGGAAGUCAUUGACUGAGACUGAGACUCACGUCAUUGAGUGAGUGAGACUCCAGUUAUUAUUCAAUAAUUAUAAUAAAUUUAAAAAAAAUUAUAAUAAUCUAGCUUAACUACCUAGGCCAUAGACUAAGCUGUAGGCCUACUCAACUGUAUUGACUAUAAUUAAAAGUAAAAGGCUUAUUUAGUUAUUUAGGCCAAAUAGAGAGGUAUAUAUAAAUUUAAUAGGCUAUAUUAUACAGUAGGGCCAUAGCUAAAUUUCAUGAAUCUAGUCAUCUCCGUAGAGUGGGGGGAGGAAGGGGCCAACCGUAAGUCCUCAGAUGAAAAAAGUGGAUACUCAAAAUUUUCAUCAAAUUCGCUUACCAGUCCGAAGCUGGCUUCUAGGACAACUCCAAGUUUAAGUGUUUGACAAAUAUAAGUAAAUUUAAACUACAUAAACAAAAUUGUAAAAAUAGUUUCAAUUAUAAAAUUGUAGGCCUAUUAAGUGAGUGUUCAGUACACUGACUGAUUUUUGCAUGCAAUAUCAGAAUCAGGUAAAAUUGUUUUUAAAAAGCAACAGCUGCAGUGCAUUAAUUUAUAGUUGUGAUGGUGCUUAGACAGUGGGGAAAAAUGCCAAUAUGCCUUCAACUGAUGAAACAGAUUCAUUUUAGAACUUGGUGUUAUGAUAAAUUUGGUGAUUACGUUUUUCCAACAACUCUCUUAACAUUCUUUGGCAUUUUGACAUGUGCCUUUAAAUCCAAUGCACCCUUAUUGGCAACAGACAAAUAAGUUCCACUGCCACUUGUCAAACUUUCAGCUUCCCACCCUAUUGAUCAGUGCAAAAACCUGGGUAAAAGGUUUUCAGUGCAUUUAUAAAUAAACUAACAUUUUUAAAAUUUUUAUAUUUAACUUAAAAAAUUAAAUUAUUUAUCAAUUAUUAUGAACAAGUGUUACCGUUAUGCAUUAAGUUUACAAAAAUAUCUUCCGGAACGUGAAGUAUCGGAGCUAACCUUUUAGUAACCUACCAUUGAACUAUAUAUUGCUGGUGCGCGUGUUAAGUUCAUGGUACAGAAAUAGUAGAUACCAGAACACAGAAAAGUAAAUAAGAAGGUUUUUAUUGGGGACGGACAGGGGAAAAAGUCAUAUUUCUAAAAAGCCGGGUGGACAUGGUUCUAAAAAGAGGACAUGUCCGGGGAGACCCAGACAUAUGGUAAACCGGGGGGAGGGGGGUGUUAAAAAAUUUGCCAGAAUUGCCUGAUGUAAUUUAUGGAUGGCUUCUAUCUUAAGAGAACUAGGUUAUAAAGUAUAACCUUAAUUACAUAAACUAUUAUAGUUACUAAGCUAGGCCAUAGCCUAUGCUACAGGCAAGGGACCCUACUAGGCAUUGGUUAGGGCAAUUAGGCUAAGGGAUGUUGAUAUAGUGAAAUAUAGUAUUAUGUGUUUUGUUUAGGUAUCUUGAUAUUGAUAAUCAGUUUUUUAAAUCCAUUCCAAUUAAUUUAGUCAUGGUUAUUUUCAAAUUUAUAAGUCCUCAUAGAACUUUGCUAGUAUUAGGUAGGCCAUACUUUCAUAAAAUAACAAAUUAACAGGUCAGUGCUGUAACUAUGAACAUGCAGCUGUUCAAGACAAAAAUUCACAUUUAAAUAAUUUACUUACAUGCAUACAGAUAAAAAAUAUUCCUUCCUUAACUUAAUUGGAAGCCAUUUCUUGUAAAAAGUCAGUUUUCAAUAUUCAUGAACAGUUUUUGUAAAUCUUUUCUUUUCAGAACACUGCCGAGUGAUAAUACCGAUGGCAACCAUUGAUCCUGCUUACCGCAACUUGAUUCAGUUUGUACCAGCACAGGUUGAGUUGACAAGUUAUGAAAGAAUCAAACACGUUGACCGUACACUAUCCAGAAAAGAUGCUGGUGAUGCUGCUAAAAACUUUUAUGAAUCCAUCAUAAAUGAACCGCCUGGCGUGCAAUCUUCUGAUCAUUUGAGAGAAAGUAAGAAAGAAAAAAGGACUAAAGAUAUAAGAAAAUAUCGAGUUAACCAUUGUAAAGAAAAAAUUUGUCGAGAUGACAGAAAUACUCGAAUUCACAGCAGGCUUAAAGAGGAAACACAUCAAACAAAGCAACUUAGCACGAACAGUGUAGAGGAAAGUAGGGCAGUGGUUUCUUCAACAUUUCCAAACAACAGUUAUUUGAACCAAGGGUUAGAGGUCAUAAACUCUUCUGAGACAUCUACAAAUAGCCAGUUAGAGCCAGAGUCAGCAGCCUGUCGGACCAAUUCAACCUAUUCACCAAUAUUAACUAAGGAAAAAAGACAUCAUUUUAAAUUAUUGCAAUAUGGUCAACUGGGAGAGUUGCAUGAGGUAAAGAAACUUUUAACCAACGGUGCUGAUAUUAACUAUAGAGAUUUUUACGGCUGGACAGUGUUAAUGUGUGCUGCUACCGAAGGACAUUCAGAACUUGUCCGUGUUUUACUUGAGUGUGGUGCCGAUAGGGCAUUAACUAAUUCUAAUGGUCAAACAGCUGCAGAGCUUGCUAAUUAUGAAGGACAUAGUGAUCUAGCGCAUGAAAUAAAUUGUUUUAAACAAUGCAAUCCCAUCACAAAAAACUGUGUUGAACAAAAGGAUUUACCUGCAAAGUUUUUCUGUUCAAUUUGUAAUGCCGAAUUUUCAGACCAAGAAAAACAGAGUCACCAGACUUCAACCAUUCACUUGUUUAAUUGCAAACAUAAACCGAAAAGCCCUGCUUACUUAAUACCUGAGAACAAUAAAGGUUUUCAGAUGCUGUUGAAAACUGGAUGGAAUGUCACCCAAGGUUUGGGCCCUAAUGGAGAGGGACCAAGAUACCCUGUGAAGACUAUUUUGAAAAGAGAUAGAAUCGGCCUGGGUGGUGAGAGCGGAACUAAAAGAAUUACACACUUCAACCCUCGUGACCAAACAGCAGUUGCACGGCCGGGGAGUAAUCCUGAAAGAAAAUUGACGGCCAGAAAAGCUGCAAAGUAUGCUGCUAAAUUAAAAGAAAGGAAAACUAAGCAACUUGAAAAGCAUCUUCGACAACAGUUUAAUGAAGCAUUCUGAUUUAAAAAUUCCAUGUGCCGAAAUUAAAUGUGAUAACCAAGCUAUUGAGCAAUCUAUUUAUCUGUCCACUAUUGUAUAUAAUAUAAAUGUAUGUGUCGAAACACUGUAUGAAGGUUUGUACUAACUAGAUGGGUUGAUUAAAAUAUUGGCUACCCGGUACUUGAUUUGUAAAACUUGACAUUUGAAUGACAUGAUGUGGAUUGGAUUCUUUGAAUGAAAAAGAAUAAAAUGAUAAAGAGAAAGAAAAAUAAUUCAUACAUUUAUAGAGGG